AGUCGGGAGUUAGAGCUGCUCCAGAGGAGCACCCAGCCUGGCUGGGAGGAGGGUGCCCGGGGAGAGGAGCAGAACAAGUCUCCGGCUCUGGACUCUUCUCUCGUCUGACUCGCCUCAGCACUACCAUGGAGCCCAACAGCCCUAAAAAAAUACAGUUUGCAAUGCCACUCUUUCAGAGCCAAAUCGACCCCGAGGCAGCUGAGCAGAUCAGGAAAAGGAGGCCUACACCAGCAUCACUCGUUAUCAUGAAUGAACAUGUGCCCCCGGAAAAAGAUGAGAAGAGAACAAACAUUUCACAGGCACAGUCUCAGAGUGCCUCCCCCAAGCAGAGGAAGCAGAGUGUCUUCACCCCACCCGCCCUCAAAGGGAUAAAGCAUCUGAAGAGUCAGAGUGAUUCAGCAUUUCCAGAGGAAGAAGAGGGAGUGAGCGAAAGGGAAGAGGAAUGGGGCCACUAAACAGCGCGGAGCUGCUUCAAGCGCUAUCACAGAGAGUAAGUGAACUGCAGCAGCCGUGCGUGCCUCAGACCACUCACCACUGCUUGUGUCCCCACACUGCAGCUCUUGGCAUGCCAGCGGCGCCGGGGCUCCCUGGGGAGCACCCUUGGCUGGGUUUUGCAGCCACCUGCAAAUGUGUUCUAUGACCCUUACACCCAAAGAUAACACAGUUAUUUUAAAGUGAAUUUUCUUUCUUUUUCUAUGGCACAGAAAUGUCAUUUGUAAAUGUGUUAGUGACCUGACAUCCGUACUGCCGAAGCUUGACCACUGCGUGUACUCUAAGGCCUCUUGUAAAUAAAACUGAUUUAGCAACUACAAAAUAAAGACAUUCAUUUAGACAA